AUGGAUACCUUGAUAAAUACAGAAUUAAGAGGUGUGGAUAAGUCUUCAAGGUCACACUCUCCACCUCCUCACUUUGCAAUUCGUCCCAAUAAACGAACUCGCAUAACAUUACCGAGUUUUAAGCGUCUUUGGACGCGAAAAUUAGCUUCUUCUGUGAACUGCCUAAUAGUAGGAGCACUUCCCUCAGAAAGAUCUUCAAAAGCAGUCAUUAAAGAAACCUCACAUAUUAUAGUUGGAACAAAUGAAGGAAAAAUAUUUAUGUUUGGUGAGGAUAAGGAAGGAAUCAUGAUGGAAACGAAAAGUGGUCCUAUACAAUCUAUUGUACUUUGUGAUAUUACUGGAUUUGGUAUACCUGAUAUUAUCGUUGGUGAUUCGUAUGGCUCUGUGAUGAUUUUCGAAAAACAACAAUUAGUGGUCAAACGAGAAUUAGGUGCCGCAGUGAAACACAUGACAAUGUUUCGCGAUGCUGUCAACGGUCAUGAACUUGUCAUUGGUGAUUCGGCUGGAGUAUUAUCCGCGCUUACUUUAUACCAGGAUGGCAUGUCAUUUGAUCCUUCAAUACGUUGCAUGCUUCAUGUUACUCUUCUCGAUCAGUUUCAGAUUCCGACAAAGUUUCUACUUGUUUGUGAUAGAAGUCCAUAUGUACAUUUAAUUCAAAGUGGUAUUAGAACUUUAAGUAUCAUAGUACCAUCUUCAUCCAUUGCGAAUGCAAUGUGUUCUGGAUACUUUCGCAGGAAAGAUAUUUUCGAUCCAGAAGUGGUCAAUAUACGAUAUGAUAUGCCAUCCGCUGUACAAGUCGUGCUCGGCUGUGAGGAUGGGAAUAUUUACAUAAUGGAAGAUUAUACAAUACAUAAUAUGUUGAAAAUGGACAAUCCAAUUACGGAUGUCAAAAGAUUCAGACCACAUAACUUGGAAAGCACUGAAACAGACUUUUUAGUUUGCAUUGGCCACUUUAAUGAAGUCCGGAUUUUUAAAGAUUGCGAGCCUUUGCGGUCCAUCAUAACAGACGAUUUAGUCUCUGCAAUUGAUAUCGGUGAUGCUAACAAUGAUGGUCGUCCUGAGCUAAUAAUUGGCAUGUUGAAUAAUACAAUAGAAGUUUAUGGUUACGAUGAUGAGAAUGAUGCCUAG